AUGCCUUAUUCGGUGUUUGCCAAACUUGAGGUUGGUGAUCUUCUCCCAACCAACAUCACCUUGCAACUUGCCGACCGUUCGGUCAAGUACCCUAUUGGCAAGGUUGAGGAUGUCCCCCUAGUUGUUGGCGAGCUUACUUUCCUUGUGGAUUUCGUCGUCUUGGACAUUAAUGAGGAUGCCCAUACCCCCAUUAUCUUGGGGAGGCCAUUUUUGGCCACCGCGGGUGCUCUUAUUGAUGUGCAAGGAGGACUAAUCACCUUGAAAGCGGGAGACGUCAAGGCUAGUUUCAAGCUUGCAAUUGAUGAACAUUGUUGCUCUAAGAUGAAAAGUUGUAUGAAAGUUGACACUCUUGCUUGUGUUGAGCACAAUCACUCUUGUGCUAUUGCUUCUAACAAUCCUUGUGUUCUUAAUUGUGAUUUUGAGAUUGAUAGGAAGGUGAAGAAGGAUAUGCACGAGAUCUCCUUUGUGCUAGGCGAUCCCUAUGAUGACGUCAAUCACCAUUCCUGA